AGCUCAGUUAUCGCAUAUGCACCGGACAGUACGGUCGUGUUCGCUCUCUCCCACCUGUUAACUCACCUGUACCGCCCGUCGAUUGUCGAUCUACGGUCGUCGAUUUGUCGAGCGGUUUUUUCGUCGUUUCGAGUCGGUCGUUUACCUGUUCAUGUUUACCGCCGCUGCCGAUCGCUGUUGUGGAAAAAUGUUUUAACCAUACACAAAUCUCUUGUGAAUUUUUUGAGUGAUAUUUGUUAACCGAAAGACUUAAAAAUAUGACGUGCCUGUCGGACAUUGAUUUGGCCACCCUGCACCAGCAUCGUCUGGAAGAGCGUUUUAGUUAUAAGUUAGCCUGGAGCAUCACUGGCCACCAACAGACCCAGUACAACGAUCUCCUCAUGCGGCAUAAUGCCUCAGUGAAGCGCCAGCGGAGCAUCCAGAAUAAGACCAACGUGGCCAGCAGCAGGAUCAAGAAUCAAACAGUGACUAGUAAUACCUUGGACACAAGUCAGGAGAUCACUCAAGCUAAACCAGAAGAGGAGUCUGAUGACGGCUACUUUGAUUCCACGACUCGACGCAGGCGUAGUGGCACUUGGCCGCGAACUAGAAGUCUGAAUGCUCCGUCGCCAUUCCAGCAGUUCGGGCCAUGUGGUCGCAUUAUGAAGAACUCUGCCAUGGUAAUGCAGAUACAGGAUCCUGCCAGUCAGCGUUUGACCUGGUACAAGCCACCACUUACAGUUCUGGUGAUCAAGAAAAAGGACUCCCAGGUUCUGCUGCCCUUUGUCGAGCUGGUGGAAUGGCUGGUUCAAGAAAAGCAUAUGGUCGUCUGGGUGGAGUCUGCUGUUCUUGAGGACAAACUGCUGCGUAAUGAUGUCAAGCUGGAGCAGGAGAGCUCUAAGUUUCGACAGGUGCACGGAGACUACGCCGGAGUUAGGGCACGUUUCCUGGCAUUGCGCGAAAAGCUCGUGACCUUCAAAGAUGGUCGCGAUGACCUGACCGAUCGAAUUGACUUUAUCGUCUGUCUGGGAGGCGACGGCACUCUACUGUAUGCGUCCCAGCUGUUUCAACAGUCGGUGCCACCGGUGAUGGCCUUUUACCUUGGAUCCCUUGGUUUCCUGACGCCUUUCGAGUGCGACAACUUCCAGGAGCAGGUGACCAAUGUCCUGGAAGGUCAUGCCGCCCUUACACUUCGUAGUCGCCUGCGCUGCUCUAUUCACCGCAAGGGCGAACGUCGCAAGGAGUCACUACUGCCAGCUGUGGGUGGUAAUUUCCUUAAGCCCAGCCUAAAUAGGCAGCUCAACUACGUGGAGCUCAAUAACGGGCAAACAGGGAAUGUCGGAAGCAACAAUAACAACUGCUCUAACAAUAGCAUCCUGGUGCUUAACGAGGUGGUGAUCAAUAGAGGACCCUCACCUUAUCUGAGCAACAUUGACAUCUUCUUGGACGGAAAGUACAUUACUUCGGUGCAGGGUGAUGGCCUGAUUGUAUCGACGCCCACGGGAAGCACAGCGUAUGCGGCAGCAGCCGGUGCGUCCAUGAUCCAUCCCUCCGUGCCGGCCAUUUUGGUGACGCCCAUCUGCCCGCACUCUCUGAGCUUCAGGCCCAUUGUGGUGCCCGCCGGAGUGGAGUUAAAGAUAUCCAUUUCACCUGAUAGCCGCAACACCUCACGCGUCUCCUUUGACGGGCGUAACGAUCAGGAGCUGAACCAUGGCGACAGCCUAAGGGUGACCACCUCUAUUUAUCCUGUGCCCAGCAUAUGCUCUCAAGAUCAAAUCUCUGAUUGGUUCGACUCCCUCGCCGAGGGUCUGCACUGGAAUGUCCGCAAGCGCCAGAAGUGCCUCGAUGAGCUGUCGGAUUUAACGGCUUCGGGAUCAGAGGACACGCUCGAUGAGUUUGACAAUCUGAAGAUCUACGAUGCGUAGUGAUAAAAAAUAACGUGGCCAAUUAGACUAGUUGUAGUCUUAGUUACUAGGGUUUGCUUGUGUGCAAUUUGGUAGGCUUAGUUAUUUAGCGAAAAUACUCUGUUGUACUAUACACAUCAUAAGUCGCUUGGUUGAAAUGUUAAAUGUUAAUUGAUUAUGAUCGCAAUGUUUGUUUAAGCUAGGCAAAUUCCGUUAAUGCUUGUGAACAAAAACAAAAAACCACUUACGCUUAGCUCUUAAGUUUUUAUUAUUACGUAAUAUAUUACGAUUAAUUGCGCCGAGUGCUAAGUACUUAAGCUGACUUGCGUUAUCUGUAUAAUUCGAUGGAGGUAAUAAAAACCGUAUUAUUUACUUAAA